AAGGCCUUCUGCUGUUUUCAGUAGGGAAAGAGGGGAAGAAAAAUGGCGGCUGUGUGCGACCCGGAGCGGGACACCGGCCAUUCCGCUCGAGCUUUCGCCCGUUAAUUGAGUCCGCUGCUUUGUCGGACUUUUGGAAAGAAGUUUAUGGGAGGGUGGACUCGGAGUUUAUUGAGAAUUGCGUGCUUUUGUGAGAUUUCCUUCCUGUAAGACUCGUGGCGCGAAAGAAGGCUGUAAAUAAAGAGAAAACAAUAAUAAAACAGUGUAACAUAUCCUUUUCCAAAAAAAAUGAGAGGAAGAAGAGGCAGAGCGGCUGCUCGGGGACUAGUGCCGGAUGAGGCAUCUCCAGCGGCGGCGCGAGGGAGUCGAGGCGGCCGGGGCAGAGGCAGGGGUAGAGGCAGAGGCAGAGGACUGUGGACACUGGACACUGGGGUGGAUGAAAACUACCAGCCAUCGAAAAGGGGGCGACGGAGAGGAAGCUCGUUACCGAGGGGCAGAGGCAGCAGGGGUAAACGAGGAGGAAGAGGAGGAGGAGGUGGCAGAGGAGGAAGGCGCAAAACACUGAGCAAAAUAAUCUACGACGACCACGAGAGCAGCAACGAAGAGGAAGAGGACGCCGUGAGUUUACAGUCCGAGGAAGAAGAGGAAGACUUUUUCCGCCGCUCCGAAAAAGAUGCGGAUUAUAUAGAAGAUGAAGACGAUGAAGAGCAUUUAGAUGAUGGUGAUGAUAAUGGCUCCGACUAUGUGGAGGAACUGCCGGACGAGGACGACGCGAGCUGCAGCAGCUUGCGGAGCCGGAGCAGCACCUGCGGCGACACACCGGGCCGCAGGAGAACCCGUGUGUAUCGUCCGCGUGCCCCUGUCUUCGAGAAGGAGAACGUCCCCCCUCUGGAACUUCCCAAGUCUUCCGACGAUGUGCUGGUGCCAGCGAUACACAUCCUCACGGCGGCUUCCCUCUACGAGGUGCUGCGAAACUUCAGCACGGUGUUGCGUCUCUCUCCGUUCCGCUUUGAGGACUUCUGUGCCGCUCUGUCAGGCCAGGAUCAGUGCACGCUGCUGGCCGAGACACACAUCUCGCUAAUGAAGGCCAUCCUGCGUGAGGAGGACACGUCUAACACGUGCUUCGGCCCAGCGGAUCUGAAGGACAGCGCAAACUCAACACUUUAUUUCAUGGAUGGGAUGACGUGGCCCGAGGUGGUGCGGGCCUACUGCGAGAGUGAUCCCGAGUACCAGCAUCUUAUGAGCGUCCAGAACCAAGAUGACUUCCCCUACGAACCUCUGGAGAGCAAGCUGAAAGUCCUACAGUUCCUGGUGGAUCAGUAUUUGGCGACUAACGUGGCGCGGGAGGAGUUGAUGUCGGAGGGCGUGGUCACGUACGACGAUCACUGCCGCGUGUGCCAUCACCUUGGCGACCUGCUAUGCUGCGAGACCUGCUCCGCCGUCUAUCACCUGGAGUGCGUGAAGCCACCGCUGCUCCAGGUGCCCGAGGAGGAGUGGCAGUGCGAGGUGUGUGUAGCUCACCGGGUGCCAGGUGUGGGCGACAGUCUCACUGAGAGCCAGAAGACCCGCCCCUACAUCAGACACGAGCCGAUUGGAUUCGACCGUCACCGGAGGAAAUACUGGUUCCUAAACCGAAGGAUCAUAGUUGAGGAGGACGGCGAGCACGAGAACAAGGCGAUCUGGUAUUACAGUACCAAGGUACAGCUGGCGGAGCUAUUAGACGUGCUGGAUAAGACGUACUGGGAGAAACAACUGUGCACCACACUGGAGGAACUGAGAGACGAGAUCCACACACACAUGGACAUCACAGAGGAGCUCACUAACAAAGCCAGAGGAAAUAACAAGUCUUAUCUGACUGCAGCUAAUGAGGAGAUCCUGGAGCGUGUGAAAGCCAAGCAGGAGCAGGAGAUGGAGCAGGUGAAGAGGAAAGCCACAGAGGAGCUGCAGAAAUUUAAAAGGGAGGAAUCACAGGAGCAGUUGUCUACCUCUGAGCAAGAGAAAUCUAAGGCCCCUGAAGAGAAAUCCCUACAGGACCAAACAGACACUGAGGAGGACAACCCUGCAGCUGAGCCGUCCUGUGAUUCAGAGUCUCUGGGGGCUUCUGUGUCCUCCAUGCCCGAGCUGGCUGGACCUUCUGGCGGGUCAGGUGAGCUCAGUGAGGCCGAGAAAGGGAGCGUUCUGGAGGAGCCGCCCAAGUCGGCAGACACAUCCUUGAGUUCAGGCAUCAGUGUUGAGGAAAGGCCCCUGUCCCCACAGGCUGCUGAUGAGAACAGUAGAGGCAGUCUGAAAGGAGGAGAUGAUCCAGAUGCUACAGAGAAAGCUUGCAUCACCAGCCAGGAUGAGAAGGGUGAAGAGAAGGAGAAUGGGAGCGGUGAGACGAUGCAUGGGACAUUGUCAGCCACACGCAUGGUCACCCGCCUGCGCAACCCAGACAGCAAACUGAGUCAGCAGAAGAGCCAGCAGGUGGCGGCAGCGCUCCAUGACUCUUAUAAAAUGUUCAAGGACGGAAAAGAUUUUCUGGUGGCAAGUCAGCAGGCAGAAAUAGCCCGUCUCAACUCGCGCAACACCAAAGACCUGGUCAUGAAAGGUUCCUACUUCCGUCUGGGUCAGGAAGGCAAGUACCGCGCCUACCAGAAUCAGUAUAGCACAAAUACUCUGGCGCUUAAUAAGCAUCAGCACCGAGAGGACCACGACAAGCGCAGACAUCUCUCACACAAGUUCUGCCUCACCCCUGCUGGAGACUUCAAAUGGAACGGCUCAUUUUAUGGCUCCAGGAUACUCACUAUGUGCACGCUGAGGCUCACCAUCAUCCAGUUGGAGAACAACAUCCCAGCACCAUUUCUGCACGCCAACUGGGACUCACAUAGGGCAAACUGGAGCAAGGCUGUGCAGAUAUGCAACAAAGCGCGGGAGUUUGCUUUGGCCUUAGCCAUCCUUGAGUGUGCCAUCAAACCUGUGGCCAUGUUGCCUGUGUGGAAGGACUCACUGGGGCACACACGGCUGCACCGUAUGACAUCCAUUGAGCGGGAGGAGAAGGAGAAGGUGAGGAAGAGGGAGAAGAAGCUGGAGGAAGAGGAGACCAUGCAGCAGGCAACUUGGGUGAAAUACACCUUCCGUGUUAAACAUCAGGUUUGGAAACAGAAAGGAGAGGAGUACAGAGUGACUGGUUAUGGGGGCUGGUGCUGGAUCAGUAAAACUCGCGUCCAUCGAUUUGUUCCAAGACUUCCCGGGAACACCAACGCCAACUACCGGCAAGAGCUAGAGGCUGGCAAGAGCAUCAGAAAUCCUGCAGACUCCAACAUUACAAAAAGUCCUGAAAUGUCUGAGAGCGGCAGAGCCGAGAAGGAUAAAAGACAGACAGAUGAAACGAAAGCGGACGACAGGAAGGAGGAAGUAGAGGUGGACGUUGAAGCAAAUGCCCCUGGUUCUGAGGUGGAUGAUGGAAAAGGUUCAGGUGAUGCCCCUGUUAAGCAGGAAGAGGAAGGACCUAAUACUUUCUCCUACGACCUGGUCAAUGUGAGCGAGGGCUUCCUGCGCCGCACAGCUUACAAGAAGAAGGUCAAUCCUGCCAAACUUGAUGAGCUGCUUGAGCACCGGGUCAAGCAACAAGCCAUCGAGGAAAGACAGAAGAAGUCAGCUAUUUUUGCCAAUCCUAAGGUCGUGAUCCAGAGGCUCAAGUUUAAAAUGGAGCCACAUGGAGCAGUAGCAUGCAUUCAGCCUGAGGUUAAAUCAGACGUCAAGAAGGAGAGUACGGGAACGCGGGAGUCAUCCAAAGAGCCUGUUUUAUCUUUGGAACGUUCUGUUAGCCAGGAAGCUGGGACAAAUGGGUCAACAGGUGAGUGUGUAGAGCCUGGUGGAGGCGCUAGCAGACCCGGGCCGAGCCAGACUCAGUGUGGUAUUCAAAAGACUACGCCAUGUUUCUCAGGGGACACUCGUAGCAAGGGUGUUGAUAUGGAUGACACAAGCCAGAGUGAAAGCAGUACUGUCCUCCCAUCCACUGGAGGCAGCAGUGAGCAAAAAUUAUUCAGCACAGUAAACCAGGAAUCAUUAGGAGAGAAUAGGGAUGUGUACAGGGACCAGGAGAGUAAAGGAAAUGGUUCUGUUUUCUUGCAAAUGAACGGACAGGAUGUUAAGGAACCAGUUACUGAGGACACUCUGACCAAUAUUGUGGUGAACAACGUGAAUGACAGGAGGAUAGAGGAGGAUAAGAAGGUGCUGUUGCUCAAGGAUCCUCUCAAAUCUCUAGUAAAUGGAAGUACUGUUCUAGAUGGGGAUCUCAAGAAAAUCAGCAACACAGAUGCCUCCACGGGAAACCCGGACUAUCUCCCCCCACAAAAGGUUCCCCGUCUUGGUGUCACGGUCGAGGAUCUGGCACUAUCUUCUCCAACCAUCCCCAAAUCAGAACCUCCAUUAGAUAGCAAGGAGCACAACAGCAUGGAAGCCAGGUUGGAUGGGGAUGACAAAGUUUCCCAGAGGACAGUUGUUCCCUCUCCGGUGCUCUCAGCGGAGGAGUCGAGCCUCAGCAACGAUUUUGUAGAGAGCACCAGCAGCAGGGUUUCUCACACAACAGCGGGGGUCACGCAAGUUACUACCACCAUAACUGCCACCACUAAGUCUCAGACGAUUCGCAGCAGUACGGUGACCGAAAGCAACACCGUUUCUACCCUCACCACUACAACCACGACCAAAACCACGGUGACACAGGAAACGAAAACCACCCCGGCAUCUUCCUCAACGGAAAACUCGUCCCCGGUAGUCUCCAAGGCAGUAUCGCGGGUGCAGUCCACACGAGAACGGGUGCAGCUCAUUCGCUUUUCUCGCACCAGGAAGGUGCGAUCUGAAACAGCUCUACCAUCUUACUGCAAGUUUGUGACCAAGAGCUGCAAGAAGAGCAUCUUUGUUCUUCCCAGUGAAGAGCUCAAGAAGCUGGCACGCAAGGGUGGCUUUAGGGAAGUCUCAGUUUUCAACUACAAUGCCAAACCUGCCCCAGACUUCUGGCCAUACCCAUCUCCCAGACCCACAUUUGGUGUCACCUGGAGGUAUCGUCUCCAGAACGUGAAUUCGUUAGCAGGGGUGAGUCUGAUGUUGCGGCUUCUCUGGGCUUGUCUUCGCUGGGACGACAUGGCUGUCAAACCGUCUUCUAAUGCUGGGACGACACGCACCGAAACGUCCGAGACUGAUAUCACCACCACAGAGAUCAUCAAGCGCAGAGACGUCGGCCCUUAUGGUAUUCGGUCAGAAUACUGUAUACGGAAGAUCAUCUGUCCUCUUGGGGUCCCUGAAACACCGAGAGCGGAGACGUGCACACCACAGAGGAAAGGCCUGCGCUCCAGCGCUCUCCGCCCCAAACGUCCUGAGCCAGGCAAGCAGGAUGGUCCGAUCGUCAUUGAAACCUGGGUUCCUGAAGAAGAUCUGCAUUUGUGGGAAAUCCGAGCAUUUGCAGAACGAGCGGAAAGGGAGAAAGCCCAGGCAGCAGAGCAGGCCAGGGUUAGCGCUCGGAGGAAGGCGCUGGAGCUUCAGCAACAGAAACGGCAGGAACAAAAGGAACAAAAGCAGCAAGCUACAGCAGCCUCCACUCCCUCGGCCAGCCCUGCCACCCCCAGCACUCCCAAAACCACAGCCGGGUCCCUCACCAGCCAGGUCACACCUGGAACCAAAGUGGUACUGGCCACUAAGAUGGGCACGCCAGUAACAUUCCAGCAAAAUAAAAACUUCCAGCAAACAUUUGCUACCUGGGUCCAAGGUCAAGUGUCCAGCAGCACUGUUACCACCGUCUCGACGACGACGGGGCAAACCUUCCAGAUCUCAGGCAGUCCCGUGUCUGUAACAGGCAAAGUCAUCCCUCUUCCCGCCAGCAGCAAGAUCUUCACACUCAGUGUGCCCAACAUGCAAGGAGGUGUACAGCAGAAAGUUGUUGGCAUCAUUCCAUCUGGUACCACAGGCAACCAGCAAACCAUCACCACACUGCAGCCCAGCACGACUACAGUCAACAUCGCAGCCAAGGCACAAGGGACAGCUACACAACAGGUGAUCACGACUGGAGGACAGCUGAGGACAGGGAUGACUGUAUUACGAACACCUACGCAGCAAGGAGCUGCCCUGGGGAAGACCAUCCUCAGAACCCCGAUAGUGGUGCAGCAAGGUCAGGCUGGGAAGGUGGUGACCCAGAUCAUCCAAGGACAGCCCGGCAGCCCUGCGAGCAGCACACAGAUCCGGGGCACAACCACACAAACGACGGCCAGCCCCAGAGCAACCCAGGGUCAAGUCAAACUGACCCUCACUCAGGGGACACAGAAGCAGCAGGGAGCAGCGGUGGAAAGCCAGCAGGGGGUCACAGUGAUGGUGCAAGGUCAGAGCCAGACAGCAGGUCAGCUGCAGGUCAUCCCCGCUGGUGUGACCAUAAUCCCGGCAGCUGGCCAGCAGCUCAUGCAGGCCGUCUUGCCCAACGGCCAGGUGCAGCGUUUCCUGUUUACACCCACUUCUGCUUCACCUUCCACACCAGGUCAAACUCAGCCUGCUCUUAAGACAUGCACUCCCUCCCCUGCCCAGCCGGUGCAGGCUGGAGCUUUCGCCCCCCGCACACCACCGAUGACCCACAAGGCCCAAAUGCCAGUCCAGUCUCCCACCCCUAUACAGGCCAAAGUUACAGUGAACCAGAUGGCUGUAAAACAGCAGCAGGUGAGGCCCCAGGUGCAGCUCCACCAGGGGGCCCAAGUCAUUGCAGUUCCAGGGUUGCAGUUCAAGCCGGAGCAGACGGUUAAACUCCAGUUGCCCAUACAGAUCCAGCAACAGGCUGGUGCCGCAUGCCAGGCAGGUGUAAAGUCUCAGCAGGUCCAGAACGUGGUGACGUUGCAGACGGCCAGUGUCCAGGAGCAGCUGCAGAGGAUCCAGCAGCUCCGUGAGCAGCAGCAGCAGAAGAAACGGCAGCAGCAGGAGGCAAAGAGGGAGCAGCAGCAGCAGGCCAUCAGCCAGAGCGACCUGAUCCAAAAACAGGUGGUGAUGAAGCAGAAUGCAGCGAUUGAGCAGCUGAAACAGAAGAAGCCCAUGACUCCUGCAGAACGAGAAGAGAACCAGAGGAUGAUCGUGUGUAACCAGGUGAUGAAGUUCAUCCUGGACAAGAUCGACAAGGACGAAAGGCAGGAAGCGAGAAAGAGGAAACGAGAGGAGACAGUGGCGCAGAAACACAGCAAGCAGAUGGCCAUGAAGCUCUCAGCCCUGCUCUUUAAACACAAAGAGCAGCUUAAAGCCGAGAUCCUGAAGAAGAGAGCGCUGCUGGACAGACAGCUGCAGCUGGAGGUGCAGGAGGAGUUGAGGCGAGAUUUGGAGAAGAUCUGUCGGGAAAGAGAACGAGCUCAAGCCGCCGCCGAUGCCCAGAUCACAAGCACAUCGCCGACAACUUACAAACGCAAAUAUGAGGAGGAGAUCGCUGCCAAAUCGAAGAAAAAGAAGAUGAUCACAACUACCUCAAGAGAAACCAAGAAGGACACAAAGCUGUACUGUAUCUGCAAGACGCCGUACGACGAGACCAAGUUUUAUAUAGGCUGUGAUUUAUGCACAAACUGGUACCAUGGUGACUGCGUGGGCAUCACAGAGAAGGAGGCGAAGAAGAUGGACGACUACAUCUGUGCAGAGUGUAAACAGGCACAAGAGGGAACCACAGAGGAGCUCUACUGCAUCUGUAGAACUCCUUAUGAUGAAGCUCAGUUCUACAUCGGCUGUGACCGCUGUCAGAACUGGUACCACGGCCGCUGUGUGGGGAUCCUGCAGAGCGAGGCGACGUACAUCGACGAGUAUAUCUGCCCUCAGUGUCAGUCCACCGAAGACGCCAUGACCGUCCUCACACCCCUCACAGAGAAAGACUACGAGGGAUUACGAAGGAUCCUCCGCUCACUUCAGGCUCACAAAAUGGCGUGGCCCUUCCUGGAGCCGGUGGACCCCGAAGAUGCCCCUGAUUAUUACAGAGUAAUAAAGGAGCCUAUGGACCUCUCGACGAUGGAGGAGCGCCUGCUGAAUCGUCACUACAUUAAGCUGACUGAGUAUGUAGCGGACAUGACCAGGAUCUUCGAUAACUGUCGAUACUACAACCCCAGCGACUCGCCCUUCUAUCAGUGCGCAGAGGUGCUAGAGACCUUCUUCGUCCAGAAGCUUAAAGCCUUCAAAGCAAGCAGGUCUCAUAACAACAGACUGCAGUCUACAGCUUCCUAAACUACAUUGUCCAUAAGCUCUUUGGUAAUUCUGUACCCUGGACAUUGGUUUUGCCAGGUUGAGCUCCUGCUUCCUUCACAUGCCUGUAAGACAUUGCGUUGGAGAUCCUGCUCUUACAGGAAGUGAGAGAUCAGUGACGCAGGAUCCGGACUGAACCUUUUCACAGCAGCGAUGAGGAGAACAUCACCGUAAAGAACACAGUCUGAGAAGCCGAUGUGAAGGAUAAAGAUGUUUUCUCGCAGAUGAUGGAGCAUCACCUGAACAUGUACCAAACUACCCACACUGUUCCGCUAAAGCAGAACCUGGGCUAUGAUGCAGUGUUCCAUUGUACUCCAAAUUGGGUUUAUUUAUGAGAGAUUUCUAGUAGAAAUGGGAAACAAGAACUAACAGAACAUGUCGUUUUUAUUGUCCCUAUCGACUUGAACAUGAGAAAUGUUCUGUUAUUGGAAAAUAAUCUGUGUCAGCAUCCUAUUCUGUAAUUCACCAACAAUUGCAAUUUCUUUAUUUAUUAAUCAUACUUUGUACUGUUUACAGUCAUGGUCAACAUUGUAGAACAUCCAUACAAGGUCCUUCCUGUACAUAAAGCAGUCUCCUCAGUCUUAGAGAUUUUCCAAUGACUUGGUGACUGUUACAAAGCGCUGACUCCUUCCUUAAAUGUUAAAAACCUUCUGACCAAUCAGAUUUGAGAAUUCAGCAGGGCCGAAACAUAUACAAACUUAAAAAAGUUGACACAUGCUUUCGAUGGCACCUCUUAUGAGUGUGAUGAUGCACUGUUUACAAAAUGAAACAAAUGUCAGUGUGAAUCCUUGUGAAAGAAAAAAGCUAUUGCCAGCUCCGUCCAGCGAGUACCUAAAGCAGGUAUUAAAACCAUUCCGAUGCUUUAGUCCUGGUUACUGGUGCUUUGUGCAUUGGGGAAAAAGCCAUUUUUCUUCCUGUUAAACUUAUUAGUGCAUCAAGUGCCUCAGGAAAUCCAAGCACAUGAGAUAAGAGGCUAUUUCAUGAAAGUUGGAAUACUUUUGUCUUGUAUUGGUAAGUAUAGACCACACAAAUUAUUACAAAUGCAAGUUUUAUGAUUUUUAAAACUUGGUUAUGUCUGUGAGAUCAACAGCAAGAGCAACAGGAUUCACUUCAACUGAGAUCCAAGGUCAUUUCCUCAGGUUUGAAGUACAAUGGAACACGUCAUCAUUUUCAAUUUUCUAUUGGCCGUUUAAGUAACCUGCAUCGUUUAUACCAAACUUGUGUCUGCUUGUUCCCGCCUGUGCCCAGUCUACAAACCGCCCUCACAAUAAUUAGUGGUUUAGAUCAGUGCUAACUCUUCUCGCUCUCUCAGUAGAUGAACAUUCACAUUCUCAUCACUGACCUUCACAACUUUGUGGACUUCACAAAGCCUGGAAAACAACCCACUGCUUAAUGGCCAUUCAAAAAAAAGUGAAAAAAUUACAGACUAUAGGCCAGAAAAAAUCUGUAUACUUGUUUAUAUAUAAAUAUAUAAUUUUUUAAAUAUAUAAAUGGUCUAUUUUUUAGGUAUUUUAUUAUUUUUCUGAGCGAAGCAAUUUACACUGAGGAGGAGUAAUGCAGAAACAUUUUUAACUGAAGCUGUUUUGAGUGGUGGAAGGAAAGACAUUUCACAAUCAAAUAAAUGGAGCAAGAAACCUAAAAGAUCUUCAGAUGGAGCUCAUGGGACACACACUGAUGAUUUUCUCGAAGCCGUUUGAAGAGUCUUAUUGUGCCUGAAUGUGACUCACUGACACCAUCUGUUUUACUGCCGUUUCAUUUUGACGACUUCUGGUAAUUGGUGGAGUUUUAUAGCCUUCACCUCACACAGGAACUCUGUUCCAAGUUUAUUUCAAAGGAAUACUUCAGCCGAAAAUCAAUUUGGCAUCAUUUCCCUCCCUUCCCCCCCUCCCCCCCCCCUCUGAAUGUAGUCAAUCAGUGCUACAAGGCUAAUGUAGCUAACAAGUAAACAAAGUCUACCUCAUGAAAAACGUUUUCUGUAAACACAACCCUUCCACAGUAAUGUCACACACACACACACCCACGCCGAGUAACGUGGUUUAGUCCACAGUGUGAUGCACUUAUGGUGUAAACACAAGUAGUGAAAAGCUGAGACUGUGUGGAAGGCAGCCAUUUUGUCUUGUUGAACAGAUGAUACUGGGGUUGCUUUUUGAAGUUAAUUUUCAGGUCUGUUUAGCAAGUCUGGCGCUAAUUUGUUGAUGGUUGAUGGUAUAUUUUCAUUAUUCUGGUGAGGAAAAAAUAUCUUAAGGGUUCAGUGUUGGCUUCUUACUGUUUUCAGCAACGCACACUACCAGUCAAAAGUUUGGACACAUCUUCUAAUUCCAUGGUCUUUCCUGAUGUUUAUUUCUUUCUACAUUGUAAAACAACGCUGAAGGCGGCCGAAAUACACAAUAAUCUGGUUUGAACAGUUGAUAUUGAGAUAUUGUCUGCUACUGAUGCUCUGUAAAGCCUUCAUAACGGCUCUAAUCUGAGGUGCUGUUAAUUGGUGAUUUCUGAGGCUGGUAACUCUAAAUGAACUUAAAUGAAUGAAAUGCAGCAGAGGGCAGUUUUGGUCUUGCUUUACUGGGAUGGUCUUCAUGUGAGCCAGUUUCAUCAUGGUGCUUGAUGGGUUUUGCAAAUGCACUUUACAAUACUGUUCUUGCAAGAACUAUUCCAGAACACCUGACCUUCGUGUCUUAAAAUAACAACUGACUGUUUUUUGUUGUCAUUACAUAUGGAUUACUUAAGUCCAUGUGUGUUAUUUCAGAGUUUUGAAAUCUCCAGUAUUGUUCUAGAAUGUAGAAAAUAAAUCCCUAAACAAAAAACACGGAAUUAAAAGGUGUGUCCAAACUUUUGACUGGUAGUGUAUAACGGGAUAAUGUUUACGAAUUCGAGUCAUAAAAUAAAAGUUUUGCACAAAUGAGUGUCACAUAUUGACAUGAAAGUCAUUUACGAUGGAUUUUUCCUUUAAAACACACAAAACAAAUACACGCUUUCCCGCUGUAGUAUGAAUUUGAAAUGAAAUGAGUUUACAGAAAUGAAAUCUUACAGUUGUGUGGUCAGUGAAUGGGGGAUAGAGGACUUGUAGUACUUGUUAGCAGUAGCUUCCUAGCCUUAAUGCAAAUCUCAAGCAAAAGAAUUUCAGAUAUCAGACAAAUCUUGGCUGAUUGACUACAUUUAUAGAACAUUUUGUGUGAGACUACACUGUGUGUGUGAGAGAGAGAUUGUAUGGGACCUGUAGUUGCAAUAUAUAAGGUUAAUAAUACUUAAGUUGUUGGGCAUUUUAUGUUUUUUAGAGUCUCUCGUAUUAAAAAUAGACUUCUUAGGUCUUUAUUUUAUUUUAGAUCUUUUUAUUCGAUGAUUUUCAACUUAAUCAUUUGAGUUUUAUUUCCUCAAACCUCUUCUCUUCAUAAAGAUUUGAUAGUAUUGGCUAUGUGAUAGCUAAUAGCAGGUGGGAUUUACAGAACCUGUAAUUUUAUGUGUUUGGACAUUUUAUUGAUGAUUUAAUGACUGAUGAUCUCCUAAAGCAAAUUAGCAGACCUUAGUUGUUAGUUGCCAGAGGUGUUAAAAUUAAGUAACUAGUAUUCGUAGCCACUUUCAUUCGUUCCCUUACAAUAGCUGAUCAGAAUUCUUUAUGCUGGGAGAUGUUUGAGGAAAUAGAAAUCCAGUGAGCAUUUACGUUUUGGUGAAAUAAUCCUUCGGAUUAAAAUGCUGCAUAUUGUGAGCGUCAUGAAGGGAGAAGUUUGCUAGGUUGUUUUGUUUUUGUAAAAGCAAAUGGAGCCAGUCUUUUCUCAUCAUACUAUACUGUACAGUUUAUUUAUAAUAUCUCUCGGAUGCUUCCUUUAUAGUAAGUCAAAGAAAAGCUCCCAGGAAUGUGGAAGAAAUAUGUUUUUAAUAGACUGCAUCGACUAAGAGAUCUUUUGUACUUUAUAGAACAU